ACUGCCGAACUCUCUGAUUGACAAGCUCAGCGUCUUAGCCACUGAGCCACCCCGUCCCUCUAAGUCAUGAUUAAAAUGAGCUCUUUGUAUGAAUUAUAAAUCCUGUUUCAUCUAGAAGAGUGUGUUCUUGUUUCUGCUUCAAUUUGGAUGCUUUUAUGAAUUAUUUUCCAGGCAAGAUGUAGAGGAAACAAUGCAGGAUGGCAUUAGAAGCCAUGUGGAAAGAAAACUGGUGGCAGAAGGAAGACAAGCGAAGUAGCUCCAUUGGAAGGCUUCUGACUGGACCAAAUCCAGAAGAAUCUGAGAAGGAAUCAGAGCAAGUCCAGGUAUUUUUCUCCAACUUGGAAAAGAAUGCAGGAGAAUCAAAGAAGAUGCAGCCGCCUGAGAAAACUCAUCAAGAAGGAAACAGAAAGACCACCGUUUCCGGUAUUGGACGAGGGAAGGCAGCCCUGGGAAGAAGUAUUGCGUUGAAGAGUUUGGGCCAUUUGGAACUCCAUAAAGCUUUACAGGAGAAAGCCCAAAUUAAUUGUUUUCGAUUUCAUGAAAAGGAAGAGACACCUGGACAUCCGGCAGAGAGGCAAAACUGAUUUGGACUGCAAUCUAGACCUGGUAGGAAAGCAAUCCCUAUUUUGGGAGGAAGGAGACAGUGGUUUGGAUGAAAAUGCCAUUCAGCAGGGGAUUAAGCAGAUGUUUGAUCUCCUUGAGAAUCCCAGGCGGCCAGCGGUGCCACAGCCCUACAGAUGCUCCUAUUGUGGGAAAAACACUAGCUGCAGAUCGCAGCUGAUUAUGCAUAAGAGGAUCCACACUGGAGAAAAACCGUACAGGUGCUUUGAAUGUGGUAAAAGCUUUGGUCGAAACAGCUCCCUGGUGGUUCACCGAAGGACCCACACGGGAAAAAAGCCGUACGAAUGCUCCGAGUGUGGGAAGGUCUUUCGCUGCAGCUCCAACCUUUUUAUCCACAAAAGGACCCACACUGGAGAGAAACCUUAUCAGUGCUGUCGGUGCGGCAAAAGAUUUAGCGAGCACACCACCCUUGUGAUUCACAAGAGGACUCACACAGGAGAGAAACCGUUUGAAUGUCCGGAAUGCAGGAAAAGCUUCAAUACUAGUUCAAAUCUUACGAGUCAUGUGAAGUUACACACGGGAGAGGAACCCCACAAAUGUUUGCAGUGUGGGAAAAGUUUCAGUCGGAAUUCCAACCUGGUGAUACAUCAGAGGACUCAUACAGGAGAGAAACCGUACGAGUGUCCCGAUUGUGGGAAAGGUUUCACAACUAGCUCAAAUCUAAUAAGUCAUGUCAGUUUACACACGGGUGAGAAGCCGUUCAGAUGCCCAAACUGUAGUCAGUGUUUCAGCCACUACUCCACUCUUAUUAAACACAAGAGGACUCAUACAGGAGAAAAGACUAUCAGCAUUCUGAUUGCAAGACAAACUUGAUGAUCCCUCUGGGGAACUUCCAAGAGUUCACCAGGAUGCAAACCAUUGUUUGUUUCCAGCUUGCCGGGUUAUUUUCAGCCAAAGAAGCAACUUUAUUGACCACGAGAGACACAACCAGAAGAAAUGCCCAGUGCACAAGAAGAGGAUUUGCUUGCAAAAAUCAAUGAAUCAAUAAAU